GUUUCUUUGCAAUUACAAUUACAAUUCUCUCUAUAGUUUUCGCACUGUUAAAAUUUCUCUCUCCUUUUCCCCAAAAUUGACAUCCAAUACAUACUUUUUCAACUGUUUACCUUUUUGCUCAUUUGCCAAUUGCAAUCCUAUCCUUCACCCUUUGUUUGGAUUAGAGAGGGGGGAAAAAGAAAAAAAGAAAAAGUGAGAAAAAGACAAGAACACAAUGCUGGUGUCUGGUGAAGCAGCAGAAGCCUCUCCCAAUGGAGGACAUGAAUGCUCCAAACACUACUUACCUAGGGAUCUCAACUUUCACUCUUCUUCUUCUUCUUCUCCAAUCACCCUCAAGUUCUUGGAUGUUUCUUACAGAGUCAAGUUGCAUGACACUACUGCCAAGUCAAGAACCAGCACCAUAAGAAACAUGUUUGGCGGCAGCCCGACGCCAUCGUCGGACGUUGAGAAUCCGGCGUCGGCUGUUCACCGCCAUCAAGAACGGACGAUUUUGAAUGGCAUCACUGGCAUGGCGGCGCCGGGGCAAAUCCUAGCCAUCUUGGGGCCUUCCGGCAGCGGCAAAUCAACUCUGCUUAACGCGCUUGCUGGUCGACUUCACCAUGGGCAUGGCCUGACCGGAACAGUCCUCUUCAACAACCGGAAACUAACAAAACAUGUCCUGAAAAGAACCGGUUUUGUCGCACAAGAUGAUGUCUUGUACCCGCAUCUGACAGUCCAAGAAACCCUGGUCUUCUGUUCACUGCUCAGGCUCCCAAGUUCCAUGGCCAAAAACGACAAGAUCGCCGUCGCAGAGUCGGUGAUAUCUGAACUGGGUUUGUCCAAAUGCAAAGACACAAUCAUCGGGAACAGUUUCAUACGUGGGGUCUCCGGCGGCGAGAGAAAAAGAGUGAGCAUAGCACAUGAGAUGUUAGUAGACCCGAGUUUGUUGAUCUUGGACGAGCCCACUUCGGGGCUGGACGCCACGGCGGCGUACAGACUGGUGCCGGUGCAUCAGCCAUCGAGCCGUGUUUACCAGAUGUUCGAUGGACUGCUGGUGCUGUCGGAAGGGAGAUGCAUAUACUUCGGCAAAGGGUGUGAGGCGAUGGGGUACUUUGAGAGCGUGGGGUUCUCGCCCAGCUUUCCCAUGAAUCCUGCUGAUUUCUUGCUUGAUCUCGCUAACGGGGUAUGCCAGCUUGACGGUUCAAGUGAGAGAGAGAGGCCGAAUGUGAGGCAAGCCCUUGUAUCGUCUUACAAUAAUUUAUUGGCACCAAAGGUGAAAGCAGCUUGCAUGGAGACCCCAACUCUGGUGGCAAGAGAUAGGACGGUUGCUGGAGAUCCUAUUACAAAAGAUUACACCUGCACCAGUUGUUUUUCCACUUGGUUCAAUCAAUUCAGCAUUCUGAUCCAAAGAAACCUCAAAGAGAAAAAGCACGAGACGUUCAACUCCUUGAGGGUUUUUCAAGUUAUAGCAGCCUCAUUACUAGCCGGUUUCAUGUGGUGGCAUUCAGAGUAUCGAGAUGUGCAGGACCGCCUUGGCCUUCUUUUCUUUAUCUCCAUCUUCUGGGGAGUCUUUCCCUCUUUUAAUGCGGUAUUCACCUUUCCUCAAGAACGAGCCAUUUUCAUGAAGGAAAGGGCGUCUGGUAUGUACACGCUGUCGUCCUACUUCAUGGCACGAAUCACGGGAGACCUGCCGAUGGAACUUGUCCUCCCGACAUUGUUCUUGUCGAUAACAUAUUGGAUGACAGGGCUUAAACCAGAACUCUCUGCUUUUGUCCUCACACUGAUUGUCGUGCUUGGUUACGUCCUUGUUUCUCAAGGGCUUGGCCUCGCCCUUGGUGCUUUGAUCAUGGAUGCCAAGCAGGCAUCUACUGUGGUAACUGUCACAAUGCUGGCGUUUGUUUUGACAGGAGGCUACUAUGUGCACAAGGUACCGUCUUUCAUGUCAUGGAUAAAGUAUGUUUCUACCACAUUUUACAGCUACAGGCUUCUCAUUGAUGUCCAAUACGGAGAAGGGGAAGGUAUUUCUUCGUUGCUUGGUUGCUCGGGUGGAGGACGGGAUAGGGCCACCUGCAAAUUCAUUGAUGAAGAUAUUCGUGGUCAAAUCCACCCAGCAAUGAGUGUGGGCAUAAUGUUGAUCAUGUUUGCAGGAUACAGAUUGCUGGCCUAUAUCGCCCUUAGGCGGAUUAGAGCUUGAGAGAAGGUUCCCUAUGUUAGAAGAAUCCUAAUGUAACAUCAGAUGACGGUAAGGAGGAGGAAUCACUGAGUCUGCUGAAAGAGCUUUGGAGAGUGAAGUUUAAUAUCACUGAGUUUGCCUGUGGGCUUCGAGCUAACUGUAUGAAGGAAUUUAGGAGAAGUAUUAGUCUGGAUCAGGAGCUAUAGAGAAUUGUACGAGAGUGACUCUUCUCAAUGUUAUGGGGCUAAACUGGGAAGCUAUAGCCCUUUAAUGUUAAUCAAGUAAAUACACUGCAAAAUCUAUGUUUUCUUCUCUUCAUAAUUGAGGUAGAUUGUAACUUAGCCUCGAGCAGCUUGAAUUUCUUCUGGCUUAAAUUUUUACUGUUAGUCAAGACGUCAAACCUUAUGCUCAAGAACCUAAACCGUAUGCUGGACUUACCAAUAAAUGAACUUACAAAAUUAGAUAGAUAGAGAGAGAGAGAGAGAGAGCUUGAUCUUUGACACUUUAAUAAGUGAUAUACUCGAACCCCAUCAUGUUGGAAAAUUGUAUUUUGAAUCUAGAAGAAUGUAAUCAGAACUUGGACCGAUCCUUGGCAA